AUGAAAUUCAAAUAGCUCUUACUUGAACACCAAGAUGCAUAUCAGGCUGGAUCCGUGUUUCCUGAUUGUUUUUACCCCGACAUCUGCAAAGGAGGAAAAUUCCAUGACGUGUCCGAGAGCACACACUGGACUCCAUUUCUGAAUGCAAGCGUUCAUUACAUCCGGGAGAACUAUCCCCUUCCCUGGGAGAAGGACACAGAGAAAUUGGUAGCUUUCCUGUUUGGAAUUACCUCUCACAUGGUGGCAGAUGUCAGCUGGCACAGCCUGGGUAUCGAACAGGGAUUCCUUAGGACAAUGGGAGCUAUUGAUUUUCAUGGCUCCUAUUCUGAGGCUCAUUCAGCUGGUGAUUUUGGAGGAGAUGUUUCGAGCCAGUUUGAGUUCAAUUUUAAUUAUCUCGCACGGCACUGGUAUGUGCCCGUCAAAGAUCUAUUGGGAAUUUAUAAGAAACUCUAUGGUCGAGAAGUCAUCACCAAAAAUGUAAUUGUUGACUGUUCGUAUCUUCAGUUCUUGGAAAUGUAUGGUGAGCUGUUAGCUGUUUCCAAGCUUUAUCCCACUUACUCUACAAAGUCCCCGUUUUUGGUGGAACAAUUCCAAGAGUAUUUCCUUGGAGGACUGGAUGAUACGGCAUUUUGGUCCACUAAGAUUUACCAUCUAACAAGCUUCAUGUUAGAGAAUGGGACCAGUGACUGCAACAUACCUGAGAACCCUCUGUUCAUAGCAUGUGGAGGCCAGCAAAACAAUAACCAUGGCUCAAAAGUGCAGAAAAAUGAUCUUCAUAGAAAUUCAGCUGCAUUUCUAACUGAAGACAUUGAAAGAAAUAUAAACUAUGCAGAGAGAGGAGUGUUCUUUAGUGUGGAUUCCUGGACCCAAGCUUUCAAACGGAACAUAUGGACAGUGUUUACAGGCAGCUCCCAGCAGUCACUAAAGCAUGUCUCCAUCCCCUCAUCAUCUUACUUCCUGUCAUUUCCCUAUGCAAGACUUGGCUGGGUAAUGGCCUCAGCAGACCUCAACCAGGAUGGCUACGGUGAUCUUGCGGUGGGUGCACCGGGCUAUAGUUGCCUGGGCCACAUUCAGAUCGGCCGCGUGUACCUCCUUUAUGGCAACGACCUGGGCCUGCCCCCUGUUGACUUGGACUUGGACAAGGAGGCUCACAGGAUCUUGGAGGGCUUCCAGCCCUCAGGUCAGUUUGGUUCUACCGUGGCUGUCUUGGACUUUAACAAGGAUGGCGUGGCGGACCUGGCCGUGGGAGCCCCCUCAGUGGGCUCCGAGCAGCUCACGUACAGGGGUGAGGUGUACAUCUACUUUGGUUCUAAAGAAGGAAGAAUGCCAUCUUCCCCUAAUAUCACCAUUUCUUGCCAGGACAUCUACUGUAACCUGGGCUGGGCACUCUUGGCCAUAGACAUGAAUGGAGACCGUGAGCCCGACCUGGUGAUUGGCUCCCCUUUUGCACCAGGUGGAGGGAAGCAGAGGGGAAUUGUGGCUGCAUUUUAUUCUGCCACCAGCCAGAACGAUAAAGAAAAGCUGGACGUUGAGGCAGCUGACUAGCUGGUGAGAGGUGAGGAGGACUUCGCCUGGUUCGGAUACUCCCUGCACGGCGUCAGCAUGAACAACAGAACUUUGCUGUUGGUUGGAAGCCCGACCUGGAAGAACGCUGGCAGGCUGGGCCAUUUAUCCCACAGAAGUGAUGAGAAGCUAAGCCUCGGAAGGGUGUAUGGCUAUUUCCCGCCAAAUUGUUAAAGCUGGUUUACCAUUUCUGGAGACAAGCAACCCCCAGAAACCCAGCUUUGCAACAACAUGAUGCAGAGGCGCCUGGGCUCACUGGGACACCCCGACCCCACUGGGACACCCCGACCCCAGGAGAAGCCUCAGCCCUGA